AUUCUUGGUGGAGGCGUGAAAAUCGUCAGAAAAACAGACCAGUGAAAAGAAAUGGAGGACAAGGCACAGAUACAAGACGCGAUUAAGACCCAAGGCGAGGUGGUCCGGAAACUAAAGUCGGAGAAGGCGACCAAAGAGCAGUGCUAGGGUUGCUUACUUCUUUUCUCCUGUUCUUCCUGCUGACUCUGGGUAACCCCCCGCCUUCCUUGACCCUCAACAUCACCAUCAUCACCACCAUCCGGGGAAUCAAACACUCCUGGACGUUACUGCACAACUCUACCUCUACUCACCAUUGGGAUUCGCUGCCUUGGCUGGACCUGGGAAUUACCAUUGGACAAUGCUGUACCUUUGAUGUACUCCUGAAUUUGUUUUUGUUCAAAACGUUUUUUUAAAUAUUCACCUUUCUGUGGAAUGUACACGCUGGGCAUGUUUUGUGUUCGUGCUUGCUCUGGUCUGGUGGCCAUUCGGACUGCAUCACAUGUCCGAUUUCUCCAUUCUUUUCCGGGGAUCACUGUGGCUCAGAUUGACGAAGAGGUAGCCAAACUGCUGGAACUGAAGGCUCGGAUAGGAGGUGAUGAUGGAAAACAUCAGUUUGUCCUCAAGACAGCAAAGGGAACGAGGGACUACAACCCCAAGCAGAUGGCCAUCAGAGAGAAGGUCUUCAACACAAUCAUCAGCUGCUUCAAACGUCACGGAGCAGAGACCAUCGACACACCUGUUUUUGAACUGAAGGAAACAUUGACAGGGAAAUAUGGAGAAGAUUCCAAGCUCAUCUACGACCUUAAAGACCAAGGAGGAGAGCUGCUGUCCCUCAGAUAUGACCUCACUGUGCCCUUUGCCCGCUACCUGGCUAUGAACAAGAUAACCAACAUCAAGCGCUAUCACAUUGCUAAGGUCUAUCGCCGUGACAACCCAGCCAUGACCCGUGGACGCUACAGAGAGUUUUAUCAGUGUGAUUUUGACAUAGCAGGGCAGUAUGAUGCCAUGAUUCCAGAUGCUGAGUGUCUGAAGAUUGUCCAUGAAAUUUUCAGUGAGCUGGAGCUCGGUGACUUCUGUAUCAAGGUCAAUGACAGACGUAUUCUGGAUGGUAUGUUUGCUGUGUGUGGGGUUCCAGAUGACAAGUUUCGUACCAUCUGUUCAACCGUGGAUAAACUGGACAAGAUGGCGUGGGAGGACGUAAAAAAGGAGAUGGUGAAUGAGAAGGGCUUGUCAGAGGAGGUUGCUGACCAGAUUGGGGAGUACGUCAGCAUGAAGGGUGGAAUGGACUUGGCAGAGCGCCUUCUUCAGGACCAGAAAAUGUGUAAGAGUAAACAGGCCUGCGCUGGCCUCUCCGACAUCAGGCUGCUCUUCAGCUACCUGCAACUCUUCCAGGUCACAGACAAGGUGGUAUUUGACCUCAGUCUGGCCCGUGGACUGGAUUAUUAUACAGGAAUUAUUUACGAGGGAGUGCUAACUCAGGCAGGUGUGACCGUAGUCUCCAACGAAGCCCAAAAAGGGGCCCCUUCAGAGGAGAGUGUCAGUGUAGGCAGCGUGGCGGGAGGGGGUCGCUACGAUGGCCUUGUCAGCAUGUUCGACCCUAAGGGCAGGAAAGUGCCGUGUGUGGGCGUGAGCAUCGGGAUCGAGAGGAUCUUCUCCAUCAUGGAGCAGAAGGCUGAGGCGUCAGCAGAGAAGGUCCGUACCACAGAGGUUCAGGUGAUGGUCGCAUCUGCUCAGAAGAAUCUGCUGGAGGAGAGACUCAAACUAAUCACCGAUCUCUGGAAUGCUGGCAUUAAGGCAGAGGUUAUGUACAAGAAGAACCCCAAACUGCUGAGUCAACUGCAGCACUGUGAGGAAUCUGGCAUCCCACUCGUGGCCAUACUUGGAGAACAGGAGCUUAAAGAUGGAGUGGUCAAACUACGCAUUGUGGCCACCAGAGAGGAGUUUGAUAUUUCCAGAGCGGAUCUUAUUGGGGAGAUCAAGAAGAGGACAUCUGAAGCCUAAUUAUAGCUUUAUUCAACAUCUGAACUUCUACAACAUCUGAUGGGUGUCCACACAGACGCUCUGCAGAAUCUCUUUUUUUCUAUCUAUUCCUUUACAGAGCAUGAUGGACAUCAGUGCAGCUCUGAGAACACGCAUCUACUCAUUUUCACAGCAGCCACAUGGGUGUGACAUGGAGCAGGUGGUGCUUCUGUUACACGAUGUACAGUUGCAAUCAGACAUAUUCAACCCUCUUAAGGUUUUAAGGAUCUAUAAAUUAAAGUUUUUUCAAAGAGCAAGA